UGAUGCUUCAAGCAUCGACUGUUUGUCAAAAAUCAUCCGAGUCAUUGCAGUGCUGGUUCCCUUGUCUUCGUAGUGUACAUUCAACAAAUCCACGAAAUUAGUGAAAAUGAUCGACACUGAGCUGGUAAUUCCCGAUAAGGACGAAUCCGACACCAGAGCAAUGAAGGAUGCCGCCAACCCCUUGGAAGAGCCUACGGAGGAGGAUCUUUACAUUAAAUAUAAGAAACUGCAAAAGAUGCUCGAAUUCCUAGAGGUGCAGGAAGAGUACAUCAAGGAUGAACAGCGUAACCUGAAGAAAGAGUAUCUCCAUGCACAAGAGGAAGUGAAACGUAUCCAGUCGGUACCGCUCGUCAUCGGGCAGUUCCUGGAGGCAGUCGAUCAGAACACGGGAAUCGUUGGUUCGACCACGGGUUCCAACUACUAUGUGCGCAUUUUGUCCACCAUCGAUCGGGAACUGCUGAAGCCUUCGGCUAGUGUGGCCCUGCACAAACACAGUAACGCCCUCGUGGACGUACUUCCGCCCGAGGCGGACAGUUCCAUUUCGAUGCUGCAGGCGGAUGAGAAACCGGACGUACAGUACGCCGACAUCGGUGGUAUGGAUAUGCAGAAGCAGGAAAUUCGUGAAGCCGUCGAGUUGCCCCUGACGCACUUCGAACUGUACAAGCAGAUCGGUAUCGAUCCACCGCGAGGAGUACUUAUGUACGGUCCGCCCGGUUGUGGUAAGACGAUGCUGGCAAAAGCAGUGGCCCACCACACGACGGCUGCAUUCAUUCGUGUGGUAGGUUCGGAAUUCGUACAGAAGUAUCUCGGUGAAGGUCCUCGUAUGGUGCGCGAUGUGUUCCGUCUAGCCAAGGAAAACUCUCCCGCCAUCAUCUUCAUCGACGAAAUCGAUGCAAUCGCUACGAAGCGUUUCGACGCCCAAACAGGCGCCGAUCGUGAGGUCCAGCGAAUUCUGCUCGAGCUGCUCAACCAGAUGGAUGGCUUCGAUCAGACGACCAACGUGAAGGUUAUUAUGGCUACCAACCGCGCCGACACGCUCGAUCCGGCUCUGCUGCGUCCGGGUCGUUUGGAUCGUAAGAUCGAGUUCCCGCUGCCCGACCGACGACAGAAACGACUGAUCUUCUCGACCAUCACGGCCAAGAUGAACCUGUCGGAUGACGUGGAUCUGGAGGAUUUCGUCGCCCGACCGGAUAAGAUCUCCGGUGCCGACAUCAACGCCAUCUGCCAGGAGGCGGGUAUGCAUGCGGUGCGAGAAAAUAGAUACAUUGUGCUGGCGAAAGACUUCGAGAAAGGAUACAAGAACAACAUCAAAAAGGAUGAAACUGAGCAUGAGUUCUACAAAUAAGUUAAAAAGGUCGCUGUGCCGCUGAAAUCGUGUCCCCUUUUGGGAAUAGACGAUUCUCACCUCGUUCGGUUCGUAUCCAGCUCGUUUAAAUAAAGUACUAUUAUAUCUUCGACUGUAA